UUGCGUUGUUGCUUCACAUUCCUUGUCACCGAAUUCCUAUUUGCCUCCCCCUCGUUCCUCUGUCAGACUGUUGGGAUCGCUGUGGAGUUUUGUGCACACAUCGUUCGGGCGUUCUCAGUCAGUAGCGAGCCGACUCGUGUCGGUCGUGCCAAAGCUGCGCUAUCCGAUAUGGGAAGCUCUAUCCUUCGAGGUAUUACCUUGACGAAACUCGGUGGAAUAGUAGUCCUGGCAUUUUCCAAAUCUCGUCUGUUCCAAAUAUUCUAUUUCCGCAUGUAUCUGGGCCUCAUUCUGUUCGGAGCUCUAACGGGACUGAUAAUCGUUCCUGUGUUUCUCAGCUAUCUCGGUCCAAGUUUGAACAAAGCACUGGCCCGGAAACAUCACGAGCAUCUAACGAGAUUCAAUGUGGAGAAUACAAGUAGAAAAGCCUAG